AUGGAUAGUUCUUUUGGUUUCAAGGGUUCCACUGCUUCCUCCUCUCGUUCCAGGCAGAGGCCACGAUCUGCAGGUGCAAGGGCUAACUGUCCUUGUGGUCUUCCUCUCAUUAUUUACACUGCUGGUACUCGAGUGAACUCAGAAAGGAGGUUUUUGAGAUGCAGAAAUUGGCAUAUAAGUGUUUUACCAGGCACAUGUAAUUUCUUUUUUUGGAUUGAUGAUCCUGUUGAUGAAAGACAACCCAGGCAUGUAGAGGCUGAUACUGACAUUUCUGAGAUUGACAAUUCAUCUAACUCUGUGCUUCCUGGACCUGAUUUGAAGAAGAAGAUGAAGAAGUUAAAGAAGAAGGUUGAAAUUGAGACAUUUCACAAGAAUGUUGCACGGUUGAUUGCUCUGAUUUCUUGGAUAGUCACAGUUCUGGUGUUUUUGUAUGGCAAGAGUUUGAAGGGUUGA